CGGCAAUUCGCCGCUCGCCGCGCAUGGCUUUUCCUUUUGCCUCAUAACUUAUUCUAACCUACAAAAUUCACUUUCGACUUUCGUCAUCGUUCCGCGAAAUUGCAAACCCCGAAGAGGUUAAGUUGUCGAUUUUUCGACAGGAGUUACGCGGGCAGGAAGUAUUCGACACAUUACCAAUUAAAGGCAACUUAUAAAUAGACGGGAUAUUCCGGUGAACGAUGAACAUGGCUGCAAGCGCAGGCCUUACCCGGCAGGAUAUGAUGAUGCUUGUAGCGAGAUUGACAUGCGUCGCAGCGAUCGGCUUCUUCAGUGUGAGGUGGCUCAUCAGUCAGCUUGAUCCUACCAGGAGUACUAAGCAAAGGGCCAAAAAGAAGGCUCGGGAGCAAUUACGUAAGCUAGCAGAGAGCGACAGAUAUGCACGAUCUUUUGAUAUGGAUCAGUUGACAGAUUAUGAGAUGAUAAUAGCCAAUCAUUUGGUAGAUCCAAAUGAUAUCAAAAUAUCCUGGAACAAUAUUGCUGGUCUUGACAGUGUUAUUCAAGAACUUAAUGAGACAGUCAUACUACCUAUACAGAGGAAGGAAUUGUUUGAAGAUUCACAACUGACUCAAGCGCCUAAGGGAGUAUUGUUGUAUGGCCCGCCAGGUUGCGGCAAAACCAUGAUUGCCAAAGCUACCGCCCGAGAGGUGAAAACACGUUUUAUAAAUCUCGAUGUGAGCAUCCUGACUGAUAAAUGGUACGGAGAAAGUCAAAAGCUGGCCGCUGCCGUAUUUUCGUUAGCUGUGAAAUUACAACCUUGCAUUAUCUUCAUUGAUGAAAUAGAUUCAUUUUUGAGAGCGCGCAAUUCACAAGAUCAUGAAGCUACUGCAAUGAUGAAGGCCCAAUUUAUGUCACUAUGGGACGGCUUGAUAACCGAUCCCGAUUGUACCGUGAUUAUAAUGGGAGCCACUAAUAGGCCACAGGAUUUAGAUAAAGCUAUUUUGCGGCGUAUGCCGGCAACUUUCCAUGUUGGUUUGCCGACUGAGGAACAACGAUUAAAAAUCCUGCAAUUAAUUCUGAAAAACGAACCUAUUGCAGAUAAUGUUGAAAUUACAACAUUAGCGAAACACACAGAAGGCUUUUCCGGAUCAGAUUUGCAAGAACUUUGCCGUAACGCGUCCAUCUAUCGUAUUAGAGAUUACUUAAAUUCGCAGGAUGCAAACAAGUACAAAGACUGUGAAGAUGAGGAAUAUGGUGAAGAGUUUCAUGAUACUGUACGGCCCAUUACGAUGGAAGAUCUGCUCAAGUCUUUCAGAAAAAUGAGAACGUCGAAACUACACACGGGUACACUCAGUGCGCGGCAGCUGGAAUUAGAUUGAAGUAAGAAAUUCAUUUGUUAGCUCGUUUAUGACGGUUUCCUCAAGUCAUAUAUAUAUAUGUUGCAUAGACAUUACGACAACGAUGAAAGUGGAAACUUCUUUCAUCACGAAACUAUACUCUUCAAUACUGUCAGAAGAGUGGUUUUCAUGUCACAAACAUUGAAAAAUUUUUAUGGAGGCAUUAGGAGAUUAAAAUAGUACUAAUAAAAUCUUCAUAAAGUGUUUAUAAUUCCAUAGUAAAAAAGACAUUACAGAAAAAAAUUUUAUAAUGAGAUGAAAUGAAAUUUCUCUCAAUGUAGUGAUAUAAAUGUCUAUGGCGAUAAUCUAUGACAAAAGUAUUUCAUUCAAUUUACUUAUUUCUAAAUUUUAACUUAUUUUAUUGAAUUCUCUUUGUCAUAAAAGAUUCCUCUAUUGUCAUACAGAUAUAUCAGCUUUAACAUGUUCAAAAAUUACAAUACUUAAUAAUUCAAUAAUUUUUAAUUGAAUAAUAAUUCUAAAAUAUAAAUCGUAAAUAUAAUUUCCUUUUUUAUUAUAUAAUCAAAAAAUGUUAAUAUAAAUAUGAUUAAAUAUAUACACCUACAGCUUUUAGUACAUACAUGUCCAAAAUCAAUUGCAUAUGUGAUGAAAUAUAUAAUAGAAUUAAGUUUGUAUAAAAAUAGCAAUCAGAAUAGCAUAAAUUUCCGUUGUUAAUUGUUAAGAGCAAUACAAUUGUGUACCUUUUUAUUUGGUUAUCUAAAUUUGAGUCUUGUGAAGCUGCGUAAUGAAUUGUGUAUCUUCCUGCUGUAAUAUAUUUUUGCAUAUAUAAUAUGCGCUUUUUUUAUUAUAUAUGUAUACAUAUUAUUACAUAUUAUUAUACAAUUUUCUAAAUAGCAUACAUGCAACAUGCAUUUUUAUGUACUUUAUUACAUAAGAAAUUAACUUAUUUUUAAGUUAGACUGUUCUUUAAAAACUGGAAUUGUAAAAUACUAUGUAAAAAAGUAUCAUCUUUUCUGAAAGAGUAUCGAUAUUAAAUCUAAAUUAUAUAUUA